AUGGUCCGAGAGGCCCUCCAAUCCCGUGGGCUCCUGAGUAUGCUUCGGUCUCGUCUCCGUGCGGAGAUUUACCAUUCGAUGGAAGAACAGAAGAAUGCCCCUGAGCAGUUACCUCCAGUGAACAUUGUAGUCAACGAGUUGAUUCGCGAGUACCUUCUCUUCAAUCGCUACCAAAAUACCCUCUCAGUCUUUCUGAGCGAGACGGGCCUGGACAACGCGGAGCCCUUAGCAAGAGACAUCCUUGCAGAGGCAACGAAUCUAGUCGAGGAGCCUCACGACAGCUUAUUGAAUCCAGACCAGGAAUCAUACCGACGAGAACCGAGGCCUGCCGGUGAUUUUCGCAUCGCGCCCGAGACAGAUCCCCAGGUUUACGCCGGCAUGCCACUGGUCAUUGAUCAGUCCGUAGAGGAGAGACCAGUUACUUGA